AUGGGUCAACCUGGGACUCUGAGUUGGACAUGGGCGCUGUGCGCCUUUGUCAGCUGGGCACAUGUGGGUCAAGCAGGACCUGGACCGCAAUAUCUGGUGGCAGUUCCUGCAGUUCUUGAGUCUGGAGCUGAGACCAAAUUCUGUGUCAGCGUUCUGGAGCUCACUGAGCCCGUGGUUGUGAAUGUCACCCUGAAAUCAACAGCGAAGAGCGCAACCCUAAUGUCACUGCACACGUGCAUUCAAGAUGUUCAUACCUGCAUUGCUUUUUCGGUUCCUGUUGUGACAAAUGAAGAGGUGAUGGAUUUUCAGGUGAAAGUUGAAGGAAGCGGGUUUCAGUCAGAAGAAGUCAGAAAAGUCCUGAUCAGAGCCUACAAACCGCAGACGUUCGUCCAAACAGAUAAACCCAUCUACCUCCCCAGACAACAAGUGCAUUUCAGAGUUGUCACACUGGACUCCAAGCUGAGACCUGCUAGUAAACUGUAUGACAUCAUCGAACUGGAGGAUCCGAGCGGGAACAGGAUCGGCCAGUGGCUCAAGACAAAUUCAGAUAACAAAAUACUGCAGCUUUCGUACUUCUUGAGUUCUGAGGCCCGUGAGGGAAUAUACAAAAUCACUGUGACCAUGGGUGAAUCCAAAGUAUAUUACACUUUCACAGUGGAGAAGUAUGUUUUGCCCAAAUUCGAUGUAACUAUAAAAGUGCCUGACGAAGUGAGUGUUGGAGAUGAGAGCUUUGAGGCUCAAGUAUGUUCAAAGUACACAUUUAAGCAGCCGGUGCCAGGAAGGGUCACUGUAGGUGUGUGCCGACCUCCUCUGGGACAUUUUCAUGGUUCCCCUCUAAUCAGAGUUGCAGCGCACAUUGAUGAGAGUAAUUCACAUGAUGACACAAAUCCUGUGUGUCACUCAGAGACGAAGCAGAGGGAACUCUCUUAA